UCUCAACAAACUACAUGUAAACAUUGCUACCACUCCACCUCCCAGGCACAGUCUCAGCUUGUCCUCCGUCUCGAAAAGCAGCUACGAACUCAGCCAAAGUUUGGUGGAAGUUGUGAGAGCUUUCGAAAGAAGGGCAACGCACUUGCCUUCAAAGUAAUUCAAGCUAGCAGUUCACAGUUGCAGCUUACGAGAAAGUCGUCUUUGACCAUGGUGCUUGCGUCGCUGCAGGCGUGGUUGUGGCGCCUGCGCUGCAUCCUGCUAUCCUAUCUAUUCACGUACACUGGCUGGAUAUACCGUCCCAAGUCCUUGAAGACUCUGGUCUGGUCUCUGGCCGUGAAGUUUGUGGGCGGAUCUCGUAACCAUGGCAUCCAAGGCUACGUGGAAGCGUUGCCAUCACUACCGUUGCCUGAUCUCCAGUCUACUCUCAGAAGAUACCUGAUUUCUGUCAAACCUCUACUAACGGAUGAACAGUACGCAACAACGUGUGAUGUGGUGCAGAGAUUUCAGAAGGAAGAAGGACCCAAGCUACAGCAGAGGCUCAAGAUGAACAGGUGUUGCUCAACACGUAAUUGGCUGGAGGACAUCUGGCUGAAGCUGGCCUACAUGCGAAGCAGAACCCCGCUGCCUGUGUUCAGUAAUAUCUAUUGUGUCGGAAACAAGGCAAGGCCGACCACCGUGCGUCGCUAUCGGGCCGCCAUGCUCCUACAUCAAUCCAUGGUGUUCAUGGAGAUGUAUCAGAAGAAUAAGCUACCGUGCUUCAAGACAAUGAAGAUGAUACCAAUGUGCAGCAGUGGAUAUCGUUAUGCAUUCGGUGGUCACCGUGUCCCCGGAGUAGAGGAAGACUCGCUGCGUAUGACGGAAAAACCAGACCAUGUCGUCAUCCUUUGCAAUGGACACUACUAUCAAGCGAGUAUCUAUGCUGCGGACGGCAGUCUAGUAACACCACACGAAUGGGCAGACAGGCUUGCUGAUAUCGAACGAGAAUCAGUUAACAACAAGGGUGGUGUGAACGUGGCUGCACUGACAGGUCAAGACCGCGACACGUGGGGACGGCAAUAUGCCCGCUUGCGUGGCAACGAAACCAACAGUGCAUCGCUGGAGGCCAUUGAAACAGCCGCGUUGAUGGUGAUCCUUGACGACAGUGAACCGGAGACCGAUACGGAAAUCGCACUCUGCUGCUUCACCGGCAAUGGCGCUAAUCGUUUCUUCGACAAGACGUAUGAAAUGAUCAUUUGUGCCAACGGCAUCGUCGGAACAAACAUUGAACAUGCUCCUACGGAUGCAACUGUAUGGGCGCGUAUCUGGGAGUACUGCCUUCACCACGAACAGUACACAGCUGACGGAGACCUACCGCCCACUGACAAGCCAGAGAGAAAGCUCAGCAGUGUCUUGCAGCUUGCCUGGGAUUUGGAUGACUUUUCAGAGGAGAUAGAGACGGCAAGGCAAUCCAACCUAACUCUGUUCCAGACGGUGGAUAAGUGUGUUAUGAACUCUCCAUUCGGCAAGGGAGAGAUGAAACGCCUCCGAGUGAGCCCGGACGGGUUCACCCAGAUGGUUAUACAACUGGCCUAUUAUCGUCUGCAUCAGAAAUUCUCGCUGACGUAUGAAUCAGCGUCCACUCGUAUGUUCUAUCAUGGCCGCACGGAGACUAUUCGACCGGUGUCGCACGACUCGAUUGAGUUCUGCAAGUCCAUUGACGAUCCGUCAGUGAGCCGUGAACACGUAGCAAAGCUCGUCAAGUCUGCAAUCAAGACACAGACGGAGCGCAAGGUAGACGCCGUGGUAGGUCAUGGAAUAGACCGUCAUCUCAUUGGUCUGUACGCCAUGAGCAUGCUAGAUAGCUCAACACCACCAGAGAUAUUCCGGGAUCCAGCAUGGUCAUCGCUGCGUUAUGACCUAAGCACCAGCCAAACGCCAACCAAGCUAGCAGACUUCUGGACACCGGAGAAGUGUUGUCUUGGCGGAGGAUUCGGUCCGGUUACUAAGACAGGCUACGGUGUGUCUUACAUCUUCAAUGGAGAAGAUACAAUUUACUAUUUCAUCUCAUGUUUGAAGACUUGCCCAGAGAACAACUCCGAGAAGUUCACCAACCAGUUACUUCUUGCCAUGGAGGACAUUCGCAAUCUUCUCAAGUCAGUAGCCUAGAAUGUCUCUCCGACUGGGUAUGGUUCCCACGGCCAUUGAUAGCGCAACACGUGAGGGUGUACUGUGUCUGUACGGAAUGGUAUCGUUCUGUCCCAGGCUCUGUGUGUGUUUGUGUGUGUGUGUAUAUAUAUGUGUGUGUGUGUGUGUGUGUGCGUGUGGGUGUGUGUGUGUGCGUGCGUGUGUGUGCGUGCGUGCGUGUGUGUACGUGUGCAUGUGUGUGUGCGUGUGGGUGUUUUUUCUUGUAACUAUUUGUUGCAUCAGCAUGUCAUGUCUAUGCCCACUUCUAUCUCUAGUUUGUCAAAGCUUCUAUUAUUUUCUAUAUUUUUGAAGUGAGUUUCCACUAAUGCAGUAACUGGUACCGGGUGGCUCUAGCCUCUAUCCCUGCUGCUGCUGCUGCCGCCACUCUCACUUCCCAUGAUCUAUGAUGGGGAGUGUAUCCAUUCAUGACGUGCCCACUGGCCCCCGCGCAUAUUUGCCAAGCAAAGUGUCACAUCUGAGUUGUUUCGGACUGUAACCCUGCCACCUUGUACUACUAUGAUCCCAGUGCAGCUCCCAGGACAUUUCCACUUUCUCAAUUUACUCUCCUGUGUUAUCCUUUAUUUUCUGACUCGCUCGCAAGCAGUAUUUGUACUGUAGUUAAAAAAGUAUUGUUAUACUAGCUUUUCUGUGCUCAGCUUGGAAUGUGCAGGCCCUCCAUAGACAGGUGCUGCUAGAACUUUCCAUUCCCCCCUCCCCUGCCCUUUCCCCUGCCCCCCCCCCCACCCACCCAGCUUUAGCACAUACGUUGAGUACUGAGCUCAAGUGUAACUCCUGCCGAGAUAGGUUUUUUAGGUGAAUCAUUAUUAGAAUACCACUUUGCCUUAGUUUUUGUAGGUACCUCAUCGCCGCCUUAGUUUAUUCCCUUAUCUCAACUGAAUUCGGAUUGCCAUGCAGCACUUGCAGUGCGUGUAGGGUACUGCAAAGUA